GGCGCGGUCGCUAUGGCGACGCGGGACGCGGCCCGGCCCAGCCAUGGCUUCCUACCGCCUCGGGGUCCGCAUCGGGAACUGGCUGGAGGACGAGUACGCGCAGCAGGACCUCCUGAGCGAUUUUAUCCGUAAGAGAGAGAAAGGACAGCUUUUAGUACAGAGAUUAGCCAGACUUCAAGAGAAUAUUUUCAAGAAGGUAGAGCUGUCAGUAUCUUCUGAUGGAUUUGUUCACUUUGGAGACACCGUGUUGCUUAUGAACCCAGACAGCAAAUCCUCGGAGGAGAGGGACCCCGAGCUGUGUGGUGAUGUGACUCUGGCUGUUGACAUGGAAGAAGUGUCCCUGUACUCAGAUGAGCCCCUGCAGAUCUCACGUGGACUUAGUGCAGUCAAGAGGGUGGACCCCAUAGGUCGAAAUGCUUUCUGUAUUAUAAGUGUUGAUGGAAGUGCAGUGGGUGAACCACUUAGAUACGGGCAAAACUUUCUCCUGGGGACAAAAGGAGGGGUUUCUGACAAACUGUUUUAUCUGGCAAGUGACCACAAAACAUUUAGAGAUUUUGCUAAAAAAUCUCGCCUUCAGAAAGUAUUUCUGACAGCUGAGCUUUCCUAUUUGACUUUCUGGCAAGCAAAGUCCUUGGAUCCACAACUGCGUCUUGAACAUGAAGGAUUUCCAGUUCCUGCAGAAACUAAAAUUAUUAUUACUCAUUGCUACACCAAUCGCAACUUAGCUGUUCCAAGGACCUUCUGUGUGUGGUCUUAUUUUGGAAGAGAAUUUGAAGUCAUUUGUCACAAUUAUCUGGACUCCCACAAAGUUGAAGAAGAUAAGAAUUACUGGGAGAUAAUUACAGGAAAUCCUGGUCCUGAAGAUGGUACAAUGCUUGAGAGACCCAAAGCUCUCCCAGAAGGAUAUGAGAAUAAAUUAGUUUCAUGAAAAGACAAAGGAUAUAAAAGCUCAAGACCACAGCCAGGAGAGGCUGAUGAAACU